AUCCCCAAUGUCAUCUGUUCCUCAUCCCAGAAGCCAGUUGUCUUUUGUGAUGACAUGAAUGGAAAAUACUCAUCUCUGGCUGGAAAUCUCAAUCUUAAUACCUACGAAUUUCCGAUUAUGGCCACUGCCACCGCCAGUUCAACGGCAGCGAUAUCAGAUUUGACACUUCCGAAGUUGAUGCAUCCGUGUUUGUCGUUGAGCAGUGUCAAUAAUUAUAAAAAUCAAGUAUUUGACAUUUUCAACUACGGAGAGUUUGCAACGACGGUUUGUGAGAGACAGUGUGCUCAUUUUGUGGAUGCUCUCCGUUUUGAAUGCGGUGAUCGUCGUCCAUCCCCAACAUGGAAUCUUGGCUCGACACUGGGAGAAAAACGAAAAAUCAAUUGUUCGGAUUGGGCGAUUCCAUUGACUCAGAAAGGAAUCGAAGAUGGAAUCUCUCUGACGUCCGCCUACGCAACAUACUCAUCUUCCAACGGACAGAACUACACACCACCCUAUACUUUGGAUGACUUAUCAAUUGGAUACUUAGAUGGAAUGCAUAUAAAAGGUUUCCACCUAAAACCCGUUGUGGAUCCAGCUCUCAAAGAUGCGUCCCUGGCUGAAAUGGAAUCCAUGUUGGAUAUGUUAACCAAGAAACAUCCGGAGAUCAUCCACGUGGCGUUUGGAAAUCAGAUUGGGUUUUUUGGAGACUUUUAUAGGAAUCAGUCAAAGUAUUAUGCUCCGCGAUUAAUUAAACUAGCGAUGAUAAAACUCGACGAGUACUACAAAAUGAUAUUAUUUGGACUACUGUAUCUUGUCUAUGAACAAAGUUACAGCCCACAAAUCUGUGACAACGUAGCUCAGACGCCUUCAACUAUGAAUCGAAAUCUUCAAGCCAUCGGUUUCUACAACGUCACAAUGAGCUCCAUCCCAUCCUGGAUUCAAACAGACCUUCUCCAAUUUUUGGAAUUUUCUGCAACGCUGUCGGAUAACACAGACAUUUCUGGAUUGGACAAUCUUCCCAGCCUUGAACAUUUUCUGUUAACUGAAUCUGAAUUGACCAAAAUCAAGUCGCCAUUUCUUGCGAAAUCCACAAAAUUGCUCUCUUUGACUCUCCAAUGCAACGCUAUCAAUUCAAUUGCCUCUGGGGCUUUUGAUCAUUUAACAGAGCUCAAAUAUUUGAACUUGGCUGGAAAUCAAUUGGUCUCUCUUCCAGAAAAUCUUCUCAUCAAUUUAAAUAAUCUUCUAACUUUGGAUCUGAAGGCGUUGGAUAACUCCUCGAACACCUAUCAAACGUACGAUGAGCAAAUAAUGCAAUGUCAGAUCAAAAUCAAACCAGCUCCGACUCAUCCAAUUUUGGAUUUGAUGCCAAAAGUACCGAAACCGGAAAACAUAAUGGCUUUGGAUAUUCGAGGACAACCGAACUUUUUGAAGAACAAUCAGAAGAUGUUGGGAGACUUCAAAAGCUUAGAGAUCCUCAAUCUUGGAAAUCUUGGCCUCACUUCAAUUCAAAAUCUCUCCUUGGAAGCGUUGUGCAAUUUGAACGAUUUGAAUCUCGUUGGAAAUCCAUUGAGUGAUAAUCAAUGGUUGGGUGAAGAAUCUUCUGGAGACAUUCAUUGGUUUCACCACACUAAAGGGUGGUGGGCAGAAAGGGCGAUGGUGGAGGGCGACCGGAAGCCAGGAGGUUCAGCCCCGAAGGAGCGUAAACCGACUGAUGCCAUCUCCACGGCCACCAUGUUCGGCUACAAGAUCAAGAAUAUCAGUUGCCAGGCCUACGUGAAAUCCGCAAUUGAUAAGAUUAGAGCAAUGGAGCUGCAAAAAAUGGAGACCGAGUGCCAAUGA